GGCCCCGCGCCCAGGAACCUGCCUGCGCGGGCGGCCUUCGGCGCGCUGGUGGACGCCGCGGGCGUGCAGUGGGUCAUGGGGGGCGGCCUCAACAUGGGCGCAGAGCAGUUGUGCGAGAGCGGGGUGGUCGACAGACUGAAGGGAGUCAUCGCCCGACCGAGCGAGGGCAUGUGCAAGGUACCAAAGAGGGAGGCCAGCACCCGAGACUAUGUUAUCGCGUCGAGGAGGCUGGCGCAGACGGAGCGCGCGACGGUGGAGAAUGACCUGGCCUUGCGCGCCAGGUGCAGCCCGCAUUUCCCCGUCUCGUGUUGGCUGGGCAAGAGUGCACCUGCAUGCAAGGCCAGCGCAGUUGGCCAAGAUCGCGCGCUGGCCGCUGGACAUGCGGCAGUCCUCAUCGAGUGGCCCAUCGGCCCCGACCUCGAGGGCAACGCCGGGCAUCGGGUGAUCGACGCGCACUGGGGGGUCACCGCGAAGGCCUGGGAGUCCAACCUGAACCGCUGCCACGGCUUUGCGGACGGUGACCUGGCGCGGAGGCAGAGCCGCUUCCAGACGGAGCAGUUCUGGGAGGUCGCGCUGGUGCCAGUGCGCAAGCCGCCGAGAGGCGCCCCGACCAAGAGGGCCACCGCGGCGGAGUGGCUGAGAUACCGACUGCAGGAGCUGGCACGCUUGGCCACUGGCGCAAGCGGGGGACAGGUCGGCACCUGCCACGAGCGGCAAAAGCAGCUCAAGCUAAACAAGGCAUACCAGGAGGCCAUCGACAUCGACCUCCUGCCGCUGACAGCCGCCGGGGAUGGAGCGCCGAGGGCGCGGCCCGACGGCGCCGCGGCGGACGACGGGCAAAACGCGAAGCGGGCGAUCGCCAUCCUCGUGGGCGCCAACGGCGCGCUGAAGGACGGGGCGCCGCACGUGGAGUACUGGGCGCUCAAGGCUGGCGAGGUCGCCGACCAAGGGCGCAGGGCAGCCCUCGGCAAGGUGACGAAGGAGUGGGGGCAGCGGGUGCAGGCGCACUCGGUCGGAGGAACUGGCCCGCUGCACAAGUUGACCAAGCCGUCGACGCAUUGGGCGCCGAUCGGGUCGCCGCCCUCGUCUCCGGCGGCGCCGCGAUGCGGCGGCCCUCGGCGCUCGGCGGACCAGGUCCUGGGGGGCUUUGAGGAGGUCUGGCGCAGGCCCACAAGGGGCCGCGAUCCCCGGCAGGAGCGCCCGCCGCCUUUCGAGCCGAAGUUGGCGCCGCUGGCCCCCGCCGAGGCAUGCCUGCGCUGCGCGGGCUUCAAGAGGCAGACGGGCUUGGGCGCGGGGCAGUGGCGCCCGCGCCUGUGGGCCGCGGGGGGCGCUGAGGGCAUCCGGCGCAUCGUCGACAUGCUCGGCGCGGUCGAGGGCGGCGCGCCAUGGCCGUCCAGCCAGUCGGACAUAUUGUUCUGCAACAGGCCGAAGGCGGAGGGCGGGGGCAUGAGAUGCCUUGGCCUGCCGCCAAAGGCAGCCACGGCCGACGACGAGAGUUGCGCAAUCACCUUGCUGGGCCUGGUCAAGUGCUUGGAAUGCGUGGGCCAAUGGAAGGUCUGGGAGGCUGGUCGGAACUGGGGGUUCCCCGCGCGCCUGCCGCGCGCGAUCCUCCGCAUCUACGGGGUGGCCAGGCGGGCGGUGCUGGGGCGCGCGGCCACCGAGGACAGGCGCUGGCUGCUUGCGGCGAGCUCCGCCGUCGCACCAGUCGCCCUCGAGUGGGUGAUCGACGCAAUCCAGCUGGGCAACAGCCUCGCAAAACUGUGCCUGUUCUUCGACGACCUGUCGAUCGCGCGCGUGGGCGAGCGCCGCUGGGUUACAGUUGAGAGCGCGAGAAUGGUUGGCACCGUCGCCGACCGCCUGGUGAAUGAGCUCGAGAUGCCAGCCCCCCCUGGGCGAGAAGGAGAAACGCCGCUUCUGGCCGCGCCCGCGGCGCCGGCCAAAGACAUUGAACCCGCGGCCAAGAUGAUCGGGAUCAGGGCCGCGAGCCACGCCGAGCACCCGGGCAUCGCUGUCCGCGCAGGCCGCCGCCGCCGAGUGUCCGCUGUGCACAAGAGAACCCUGAGGCGGAAGAGUCGUGGGAAAGAGGUUGCGAGAGUGAGAAGAGCUGGAGGCCGAGCGAACGAGCUUGUUACGGCAGCAGCAGCGCCCUCCAUCCUCUACGGCGCGAGGGUGGUCGGAGCGCCCGCGCCAACAGUGCAGCAGCUGCGCCAGGCCGUCGCGAGUUCUGUCGGCGGCAGCGUGGCAGGGCGGCCAGCGCCAUCUGUUUUGCCUAGCGAGGGCAUGGGCCCCGCGCGCUUCGCCAACGCAGGCCCCGUCGCGGAGUGGGCCAGCGCUUGGGAGGAAGCGGCGCGCGACCCAUCGCUAGCGGACCGACUCGCGGCCGCUUGGAAGCGCUGGAACACUCGCCUGUCGCAGUCCCCACGGCCCUGGACAUUGGCCCGGGGCCCCGCGGGGGCAUUUUGGGCAGCGGCUCGCAGGCUGGGCUGGCAAUCGCCGGCGCCUUUCUCGCUCGCCAUAGGCGUGUUCAGCGCCGAUUCGCGCCUGGCCGACGCAUGGUGCCUACGCGGGGGCAGGUUGCGCAAGGAUGCGACAAGCAGCUCCGGCGAGAGUGGGCUCGACGCUGGGGCGCGGAGGCAGGCGUCGCCAAGAUUUUAUCGAGCCAGUGCGAGCCCUCUGGGCCAGAGCAGUGUCGACAGCCUGGACGUCGGAGCAUCGCGCGAGGGCACGCGUGAUCCUGGCUGGAAGAACGCGGAGUCAG